AUGGCAAUCAUCGUCAACUACCUCUGGCACUACAUCGCCAACCACCUCUUUGGCAACAAGGAGGCCCUGUUGGCCAAGCUCAGCUUGGUGUGCAUCACAUCCUUCAAGUCCCUCCUCCGCCAGGAGUGGCGCUCCCUCAUGUCCACGCUCACGAGUCACAUCCUGGCCGGACGACCAGUCAACAUCAAGAAUGAUUCGUUUUCCAAAGUCAACUUGCCAACUAGUUCACAAGCGCCUGGGAAGAAAUGA